ACCAGCCACAAGCCAACGCCUGAUACGACCGGGAGCACGUGACUUCAUCCCAGGUCUACCCAAAGUCUACCUUUAGUCCAAACUGAAAGCUUGCAUUCAUGCUCAGACACGAUGACGGUGGCUUUCUCGACACGCAUGUUAAAAUCUGGUCGUCUCCUCCCUUCUCUCAUCUUACAACACCAUUUUGACACACCUACAAGAUGAAGUUUACUGCAAUCUGCACGCUUUUUGUAGUAGCAGUUGUCGGGUCACCCACUCCUCCGCCAAAUAUUCAUUCUAACAUGGGUCACACAAAACGCAUUCCCCUCAACUCUAGAUCAACUGCCGGCAACUACUCCAAAGUGUUUGAUCCGAAGGCUGUGUGGGGACAGCUGGGCUUUGUACAUCACAAGUACAGUGCCACCAUGGGAGCCUACCAACGGAACACCGGGUCUCCUCACCCGUUGAGUAGUCGCUUCGACGUUCACUCAGUUGCAAAGCGGAAUGGAAACGUAUCUCUUGUCAAUUAUAAAUCAGACCUCUGGUACGGCGAGAUCGAGGUGGGUACGCCCCCAAAAACGUUUACAGUGGUGUUCGAUACUGGCAGCUCAGACCUCUUCCUUCCAUCUACUGAAUGCGGUGUUGCUUGUGACGGCCAUACAGCAUACGACCCUGCUGCAUCUUCGUUUUCCAAGGAUUCAGGUCAACCGUUCGUACUCACGUACGGCGCUGGAGAGACAGCGGGCGAGGAGUACGUUGAUGACGUUUUUGUUGGGGGUUACGAAGCCGAUGAUCAGACUCUCGGCGCCGCAUGGAUAUAUUCGCCAGAGUUCAGUAAGGACAAUUUCCCCCCUGACGGUCUUUCCGGUCUGGCAUUCCGCGAAAUAUCGGAGUUCGAGGGAUCUCCACUCUUCCAAACACUGGACGAAAGUGGAAAACUGCCACAAAGCGUCAUUGGGUUCAAGUUAUCUACUACUCCAGGAGAUAGCGAAAUGGUUGUUGGAGGAACAAAUACUGAUCUCUACCACUCCGACACACUUACUUAUGUUCCUGUGACGAAAAAAGGGUACUGGCAGGUAAAGCUAGGUGCCAUUUCAAGGUUGGGACAGGAGGUCAUUGAGUCGCAAGCCGCUGAUGCCAUCAUUGAUACCGGGACCACCUUCGUCAUCACGUCCUAUUCAAUCGCACAAAGUUACUACGCGAACAUAUCCGGAGCUACGGCCCACACGGAAGGCGACGAUACAUACUGGACAAUUCCGUGUGAUACCAUUAACUCCACCGUGCCUACAUUCACGUUCGGCACCCGUGCCUUCAAAGUCUCUACGGAAACGUACAACCUCGGGCCAGACGUUGAUUACGCCGACUGCUUAGCUGGGAUUGCUGCGUCUGCAGAAAUGAAUUUCACAAUUGUUGGCGAUGUAUUUCUUCAGAACGUUUAUUCAGUGUUUGAUUACGCAAACACGAGGGUAGGAUUUGCAGAACUUGCUUGAUGUAACUCGUGGAUGCAUCGAUUAAUACCCCAAGUGCAUGUAUGUAUACCUCUCCGUACGAACUUCCAUGUUAUACGAA